UGCUUCUGCCACAGUCAGAGUCAGAGUCUGGGUCUGGUUUCUAAGACAGAGUCUGAGCAUCUGAGUCUGUCUUGGUUUCGGUUUCGUUUUCGUUGUCGCUGUCGCUGUCGUUUUCGGUUUCAAUUUCGAACUCCGUUUGUCAGUUCGUUGGCGCGUUCGCACGUAUCGAGACGUGUGCACGGCGUUUUUUUCUCUACACACCCCAGAUAGUUGUCGCUUGGUCGCUUCGUCGCUUCGUUUUUUGGCCAAAAUAGGCUCAUCGUUUUGCUAUUCGGGUCAAUGCUGUGCUCUGCAUUGCCAACGUUAUGCUAAUUACCGAAAGGAUACAAAUCAUAGCAUACAUCAUCGGUUACAAUCUCUUUGGCAAGACGACACCGUCCGAUCAUCUCCGUUGGUAAAUUCUUCGCCGAGUGCUUUCAACAACCCAAACUGAAAUCAACUGAAAUUCACCCUCGAAGAAUAUCCAAUCUCAAAAUUAUACAAAUAUUUAUUUAAAAAUAUCCAUCAACAAAUUUGCAAAACGUGCCAAAUAUAAUUUAAAUCUAUUUAUUUUGUUUAACAAAGAGCUAAUAAGUCUAACUAUAUAAAUUAUUAAGUCGUUUAAUUUAAAACCCCCCCCACCAUAAAAUCACAACCUACAAAACCACAAAGGAGAGUUGCCGAAGGAGCAGCCAAUCGACUGCUUCGAAAUGAAUAAGCAAAAAAUGCUUUUUAGUUUAAUUUUAUGCUGCCUGAGUGCGUCCAGCCUGUCGCUACGGAUACCCGAGGAUCUGGAGAAUGGCGCCAUCAAUGCUUUGAAUUCCGAACGUGCCCGCUCCCUGACCCAAUGCAAUCCGGGCCAGAGCGGCGAGGGCAGCGUGGCCGGCGAGUACGACGUGUGCCCACCGAGCAAGUACCGCCAGCCCCCGGCCGAGUGCAACAAUGUGUCGCAUCGCAAGUGGGGCGCCCGCGGGGACAUCUUCCAGCGCCUGCUCGAGGCCGACUAUGCCGAUGGCGUUAGCCAGCCGCGCAGCUCUCGCGGCACCCAUGCCCUGCCCGAUGCGGAGCUGGUGAUCGAGCAGCUGCAGCGCCACGUGGAGAGCGAGCUGCGGCAUCCGCACAUCACUGCCAUGCUGCCGGCCUGGGGCCAGCUGCUGGCCAACGACCUGUACGAGGUGGGACAGCUGCCCAUCAGCGGCAAGUGCUGCGAGCGUGAGGCGGCCGUCAAGGAUCCCAGCGAGCUGCAGCAGUGCUUUGUGCGGGCCGGUCCGGACUGCAAGGAGUACAAGCGAUCGGCGCCCGGCUUCGACUCGGAGGCGUGCCAGAAACACUCGCGCCAGCAGAUGAACAUUGCCUCGGCCUACAUCGAUGGCUCCGGUCUGUACGGAUCCACGCGCCACGAGUUCGACCAGCUGCGCACCUACAUCAGUGGCGGCGUCAAGGUGGAGUCGUGCCGCCACUGCCAGGUGGCCGGUGCCACCGGAGCCCUGCAUCGGGCUCUGCUGCAGCAGCACAACAACAUUGGCGAGCAGCUGGCGCACAUCAAUCCGGAGUGGUCCGAGGAGGAUGUCUUCCUGGAGGCCAGACGCAUCAUCACGGCCACCAUUCAGCACAUCACCUACAACGAGUUCUUGCCACUGGUUCUGGGCCAGGAGACAACGGCCAAGGAGGGUCUGCGCCUGACGGCGGAGAAGCACUCCUCGAACUACUCGAGCUCCGUGCGCGGCGGCAUCUACAAUGAGUUUGCCACCAGUGCCAUGCCCGCCUUCUGGAGCAUGUACCCGCCCGAAAUGCUGGCCAAGAAGAUGUCCGCCCACGAGCUGCUGUCGAUUGCCGCCCUGCAAAAGUCCCUCGUUCCCAGCCAAAUCAAUGCCGAGGGCUGGUCCGAGCUGGCACUGGCUGUGCAUCGUGGCCGGGACCAUGGUGUUGCCGCCUAUGUCCAUGCCCUGGACAUCUGUGAGCGUCGCUAUGCCGAUCAGGGUUCCAGUGCCAAUGUGACCUUCGAAACCCUCGCGCAAGUGACGAACAUUCCCGAGGAGUACAUCACCAAUUUGCGUGAUAUUUACCAAAACGCUGAAGAUGUCGAUCUGCUGGUGGGCGCUCUGCUCGAGGAGCCUGCUGUGGGAGCGCUCUUUGGACCCACCAUCAGCUGCCUGUUGACGCUGCAGUUCGAGAAAAUCAAGCAAACCGAUCGCUUCUGGUACGAGAACGAGAUCCCGCCCUCGUCCUUCACCCUGGAGCAGCUGAAGAGCAUUCGCCAGACAUCGUUGUCGGGUCUGCUGUGCGGCUCCCAUCAAGUGAGCACAGCCCAGUCCAAGGCCUUCAUCCUGGAGGAUAACUAUCUCAACUCUGUCCUGGACUGCGUUCAACUGCCCGAAUUCGACCUAAAACCCUGGCAGUCGAGUGCCGACGAUGAGGUGCAUGUGGAGCAUGUGGAUGUGGAGCCCGAGACCAAGGAGGCCUUCGCCGAACUGAGCCCCGAACUGAUUGAAGCUGCCGUGGAGCGCGCCAAGCUGGAGCUGGAAGAGCGCAGACGUUUCGAGUACGAAGUGUGGCGUACAAGGGGUGGCAUCAGCGCCCGUUCGCCCGACGGCACAGCCGCCUCAUUCAGCAAGGCCAAUCUGGCUGCCCUGAACCUGGCCAACUCCUCGCUGAUUUUCGAGCUGGCCUCCAAUGAGAUUGUGAAGAGCCUGAACCACAUAACCAGACGCAAGCGUCAGAUAUUCAAUCCCAAUCAGAACGCCUUCAACCGCAAUGAGCUGACGGACACCCUGCAAACGGUGGACAUUAGUGGAUUGCUGGGGGGUGCCCAGAAGCACGUGGAGGGCUGCCCAGAGCCCACGCAGCAGUGCGAUGCCAACAGUCCGUUCCGCACCAUGUCCGGCCGCUGCAACAAUCUGCGCAAUCCCAACUGGGGCAAGUCGCUGUCGACCUUCUCCCGCCUGCUGCCCGCCCAGUACGAGGAUGGCAUCUCAGCGCCCCGCGUUACCGGUGUGACGGGCACGCAGCUGCCCAAUCCGCGCACCAUUUCGACCACGAUCCACCCGGACAUCUCCAAUCUGCACACACGCUACUCCCUCAUGGUGAUGCAGUUCGCCCAGUUUGUGGACCACGAUCUGACCCUGACGCCCAUACACAAGGGCUUCCACGAGUCCAUACCCAGCUGCCGGCCCUGCAACUCCCGCCAGACGGUGCAUCCCGAGUGCAAUCCCUUCCCGGUGCCCGCCGGCGACUUCUACUAUCCGGAGGUGAAUGUGACGAGCGGCGAGCGGCUGUGCUUCCCCUCGAUGAGAUCGCUGCCCGGGCAACAGUCGCUGGGUCCGCGCGACCAGAUCAACCAGAACACCCACUUCCUGGACGCCUCGAUGGUGUACGGUGAAUCCGUUUGCGUCUCCAACAAGCUGCGUGGCUUCUCCGGCCGCAUGAACAGCACUGUGCAUCCGAUCCGCGGCAAGGAGCUGCUGCCCCAGUCGAAUUCCCAUCCCGAGUGCAAGUCCCGCAGCGGCCUCUGCUUCAUUGGCGGCGACGAUCGCGCCUCCGAGCAGCCGGGACUGACGGCCAUGCACACCGCCUUCCUGCGCGAGCACAACCGCAUUGUGGAGGGACUCCGGGGCGUGAAUCCCCACUGGAAUGGCGAGCAGCUGUACCACCACACGCGUCGCAUUGUCAGUGCCCAGGUGCAGCAUAUCGUGUUCAAUGAGUUCCUGCCCCGCAUUCUCAGCUGGAACGCCGUCAAUCUGUAUGGCCUGAAGCUGCUGCCCCAGGGCUACUACAAGGACUACAAUCCCUCCUGCAGCCCCAUUGUGUUCAAUGAGUUUGCCGCCGCUGCCUUCCGCAUCGGUCACUCCCUGCUGCGGCCCCACAUUCCCCGCCUGAGUGUGCAGCAUCAGCCCGUGGAUCCGCCCCUGCUGCUGCGCGAUGGCUUCUUCCGCAUGGACGCCCUGCUGCAGCCGGGACUCAUCGAUGAGAUACUGCGUGGCCUGGUGGCCACGCCCAUGGAGACUUUGGAUCAGUUCAUCACGGGCGAGGUGACCAACCAUCUGUUCGAGGACCGCAAGAUUCCGUUCUCCGGCAUCGAUUUGGUUGCCCUGAACAUUCAGAGAGCUCGCGACCAUGGCAUUCCGUCGUACAACAACUAUCGCGCGCUUUGCAACCUGAAACGCGCCUCCAACUGGAACGAUCUGAGCCGCGAGAUACCCACCGAAGUGAUCAGCCGCUUCCAGAAGGUCUAUGCCAGCGUGGACGACAUCGAUCUAUUCCCCGGUGCCAUGACGGAGCGUCCGCUGCAGGGCGGCCUCGUGGGUCCCACCCUGGCCUGCAUCAUUGGCAUCCAGUUCAGGCAACUGCGCAAAUGCGAUCGCUUCUGGUACGAGAACCAGGCGCCCGAGGUGAAGUUUACGGAAGCUCAGCUGGCUGAGAUCCGCAAAGUGACGCUGGCCAAGAUCGUGUGCGAGAAUCUCGAGAUAACCGGCGACAUGCAGCGCGCUGCCUUCGAUUUGCCCAGCAAUUUCCUGAAUCCCCGCGUGCCCUGCGCUUCGAUGCCGCAGAUUGACUUGAAUGCCUGGCGUGAGAAUGUUCAGGGCUGCCAGAUUGGUAGCCGCAAUGUGCGUGUGGGCGAAUCGGCCUUCCCAUCGCCCUGCACCAGCUGCGUGUGCUCCUCGGAGGGGGCUCAGUGUGCCUCUUUGCGCAUCACGGACUGCGGCCAACUGAUCCGUCAGUGGCCCAAGGAGGCUAUACUACGCGAUGAGGUGUGCAACUCUCAGUGCGGCAUUUACUUGACCGGGCAGCAGGCCAGCGGCUUCAAUCCCCAGCAGCGCCAGGGACAGGCCCAGCCACGUGUCACACGUUCGCGUAACCAGAAUCUGUUCAAGUUUCCCGAUCUAACGCCAUUCAUUGCCUCCUUGUAAGUGGCAUGGGAAAUGGGAAAUGGCAGGAAGGAGAGCAGAUUGAACCCAGAUUGAUAAAUAGUUGCGCAUUUUGUAAAUAACUCUUGCGUUUGUACAUAAGUUUCUUUUGAUGUUUUGCUUACCUAAAGACUUGUCCAAUGCAUAUACGGGAUAUACCCACAUCCAUUCACA